AUGGCUAGUACAACUCCGGUUAUUCUCAUUCUCGGUUCGGGACCCAAUAUCGGCCAUCAUGUGGCUCAGGCUUUUGCCACAAAGGGCUACAAAGUUGCCCUUGCAUCUAGAAGUCUUAAGGAAGAAGCCAGCAAUGCGGACCAGAUCCACAUUUCCGCUGACCUAUCCGAUCCCCAUUCCGUGAAGAGCAUCUUUUCGAAAGUCAAAGCAUCGCUCGGUCUGCCAAGUGUUGUUGUUUACAAUGCAUCUGCCGGCGCUCCGAACAAUCCAGCGGACCCCUUGUCUAUUCCCUUGGCCGACUUUAGUCGAGACUUGCACGUUAACACGACUAGUGCAUUUAUCGCUGCACAACAGGCGGCUUUAAGCUUCGAGAGACUCCCCGACCAUAGCUCCAAGACAUUCAUCUACACUGGGAAUAUACUCAACGAGACCACAAUUGCAAGUCUUCUGGAUGGUGGCGUGGGCAAAUCUGCAACGGCCCACAUCAUUCGCUCUGCUGCUGCCGCAUACUCCGAUAAAGGCUAUAAAUUCUAUUAUGCCGAUGAGCGGAAGGCUGAUGGGACUCCUGCGUACUCUAAGAUCAGUGGCGAGGCACAUGGAAAAUUCUAUGCCGAGCUCGCAGAGCACAAGUCUCAAGGUCCUUGGCAACAGACUUUUGUCAAGGAUGUGGGAUACAAGCACUUCCCAGCUGCUUGA